GUGAAUUAAGCGGCAAGUAAUCCGCGAGCUGUGUCAAAUUACGAGCGAUAAUCGGCCCACGUACAGCUCAUUUCAUUCAAUUCGCUUGCCUGGUUGUCGCCAUGAAAACUCGGCAUCCUUGGAGUUAAAUGAAAUGAAAACUCUUUGCUUGCGUGAACAUUGUCAGUUCGCGUCAGUAUCGUUGCCUGCGUCGUGAGAUAUUCACCUUCGCUGAGACCUGUUGCAUUCGCAUUGAUCAAUUUUUUUCUGAAUCAUGACUUUGAAGUUGUAUUACGAUUUACUCUCGCAACCUUCGAGAGCAAUAUAUAUACUUCUCAAAACGUGGAAUAUACCGUUCGAAAAGAAGAUUGUAAAUCUGAAGAAUCUCGAACAAUAUACUCCAGAAUUUGAACGGAUCAAUCCAUAUAAGAAAGUCCCUGUUAUACAGCACGAUGAUUUCAACCUUGGUGAAAGUGUAGGGAUUACGCGAUACAUAUGCCGAGAAUUUAAAGUGGACGAUCAUUGGUAUCCUUCUGAUUCGAAAAAACAAGCGAAGGUUGAUGAAUAUCUCGAGUGGCAGCAUCUCAACACAAGACUUCAUUGUGCAGCGUAUUUUUUAGCGAAAUUUCUUAAUCCGCUAAUGCGAGGUAAGCCGCCAAAACCGGAAAAGGUAGCCGAAUUGGAAAGUCGUAUGAACGAUUGUCUUGACAUUAUUGAGACUGUAUGGCUGAAAGAUAAGCCGUUUCUGACAGGAAACACGAUUAGCGUGGCUGAUAUAUUCUGUGCUUGUGAAUUGGAACAACCGCGAAUGGCCGGUUACGAUCCGAAAAAAGGGAGACCACGUCUGACUGCUUGGAUGGAGAAAGUUGUCACGGAAACAAGUCCUCACUAUCAAGAAGCUCACAAAUUCUUAAAUCAAAUAGCUACACAACAGCCACAGCAAAGCUUUACUUUUAAACUUUAA